GUUGUGAAAUCAUGGGAGCUCGUGAUAACGGCAAAUGGCCGCCGUUGGCCGCCGUGUUGUUUCAGUGUGACAAUUCGUUGCGCGCAUGACGUUCGGCCGCGGGUACGCGUAGGCGCACACGGCGUGCACAAGUGCCGCGUAUGUACGUGUCGUCGCAGCCGUGAAGAUCAUCGUCAUAGCCGUCGCCGUCGUUGUCGUGUCGUCGUCGUCGUCGUCAUCGAAGUGGUGCAGUAUGCUGCGAGUAGCGAUGUGAGCGUCGGUGACGGCCAGCGCGGACGCUUACACGUAAGCCGAGUAACGAGCGGCUGGGUGGCUGGCGAUGAACGCCGCGAGAACGGAUCGUGGCAUCACGGUGAUGAAAUCAGUGUCCGAGGGUGAGCUGGGCGUGGAGGAAAAGGUUAAAUUCGUCGAGUCGCGCGGCGCCUCGCGGCUCAAGCGUACUUUUACACUGCCGAGAAACCCGUUUCAAAGUGCCAGCAGCAGGAUGUCGCGAAGACGUCCCAAGCAGCAAACCCGCGGCGAUACGAAGGACAACAGCGCGCCGUCCGCCAAGGAGAACACCAGGAGCAACGCGCGGCAUGCGGACGGCGCGCAGCAGCAUCCGCAACAACGGCCGAACGCCACGAGUAGACUGCACGGCGGUCAAACUGGCCAGCUGCAGGACUACCAGGAACGGCCGUGCGGCAAGAAGGUGUUCCGCAGGCCCUCCUGGAAGAAGUUCAUCAACAAAAUGGUGCGGCACAUGUCGAGUAUGGGCGCGCAGAGCUACAAGGCCGCGUCGCACCAGCGUGGCGACGACCUCGGCUCGAGCGCGGGCGACAUCAGGGUGCCGCCGCCGCGGCCGGCGCACAUACCGCCCGACCGAGUGCCGGGUGUCAUAGGCCUGCGCAACCACGGCAACACGUGCUUCAUGAACGCCGUGUUGCAGUGCCUCUCGCACACCGACAUACUCGCCGAGUACUUCGUGCUGGACCAGUACAAGGUCGAUCUGUCGCGCCGUAACAAGAUCAACUCGAAGAAGUACGGCACUAAGGGCGAGAUCACUGAGCAGUUGGCGCUGCUGCUCAAGGCCAUCUGGAGCUGCCAGUACGACCCGGAGAUGAGCACCGCGUUUAAAAGCGUCGUCGACAAGUACGGCAGCCAGUAUCGCGGCAAUCUGCAGCACGAUGCUCAGGAAUUCCUACUGUGGCUGCUUGACAAGGUGCACGAGGACCUCAAUCAAGCGACCAAGAAGAAGUACAAGAUCAUCAAGAACUCAUUCGGCAGACCGGAUGACAUUGUCGCCGCCGAGACUUUGGCGAACCAUGUUCGCUGUAACAACUCCUUCGUACAUGCUGUAUUUCAAGCACAAUUCCGGUCUAGCCUGACUUGUCCAAGAUGUCACCGGCAAUCGAACACCUUCGAUCCCUUCCUGUGUGUGUCAGUGCCAGUUCCGCAAAAUCAUCGCCAAAUGAAUUUCUUCGUAAACGUCCUCUAUACAUCUCAACAACCGCGGCAAGUCAAGAUCGGCGUGAGCGUGAAUCAAGCGGCCAAUGUGAGAGAGCUCAGAGAAAUUCUAGCCAGCGAUACAGGCGUGGACGAGAACCAUAUGCUGUUGACCGAGAUCCAUGACGAAGGAUUUCACAGAACCUUUUCCGACUGUCAACCUCUGUCCGCGAUUAUGGAAAACGAUCCGCUUUACUGCAUCGAGCUACCGCAGUUGAAGGAACCUACAGAGCAGGCGUACAUUUUGCUGGUGUGGAUCAACGUUCUCGUCAAGGGAGACCUGAGACAACGAUUCGGCAGCCCGUACACCAUGCAAGUGUCGCGUGAAACGUCCUACGAGGAUCUGCAGAAGCUGUUGCUCAAAGAAAUGCACAGUACACUGACGGACGAUGUCCUCACGACCAGCCAGAGUCCGGGUCUCUUCAAUAUCCGUGUGGCCGAUCCGGCUGCGACGCCGAUUCAGGAUGAGCAUCCUUGCAUCGAUCCGUGCGUGGAACAUCCGCUCUACACGGAACAGAUCGAGCAAGCGUUAGCACUCUGCGCCGAUGACUCAGGCCCGCAACACGUGAAACUGAUUCUCGAGUGGGACGAGGUAACCAAGUGCAACAUCAUACAGGACGACAGCGAUCAGAUCGAGGAGCACGCCAGCGUGAAACAGCUGAAAACCAAUUCCGAGUUGGGCGGCGCGGUGACUCUGGAGGAAUGUUUCGAUCUUUACACGCGAGCGGAGAUAUUGGGCGCGGAGGACGCGUGGCACUGUCCCUAUUGCAACAAAAAGCAAGAGGUCGUGAAGAAAUUGGGCCUUUGGUCGUUGCCUGAUAUACUAGUCAUACACUUGAAGCGAUUCCGUCAGCAGUCCAAGCAACGGUCAACGUCCAAGUUAACCAUGUUGGUGGACUUUCCUUUAUACGGCUUCGACAUGACGCCGCAUCUCGCCCACAAUGGGGUUCAAACAACGCAUAACAACGUCACCACUUUGGGCGGUCUGGGCUGGUCACCGUGGAAGAAACCACGACCACGGCAGCACAAUAUCCCCAAGUACGACGAAAAUGUGUACGAUCUUUACGCUAUAUGUAAUCAUCAUGGGCAGGAUCUCCAAGGCGGGCAUUACACGGCGUUCUGCAGAAAUCCGUACGACACGCAGUGGUACUGCUUCGACGACACGCGCGUGGAAGCGGUCAACGACACCAAUCUCAUCACAAACGCGGCGUACAUGCUGUUCUACCAGCGCAGAGGUUUGACUCACAACUCGACUGGAAAUUCAUCCGCGGCGUCCACAAGUUCGGCCGGCUCGGGCUUGGAUCACUGGGUGUCGAAAAUGCCGCCGUUUCAUUUUAACAACAAAAGUACCACCAACGUGACGAACAACAAGCAAAGUAAAUCACAAGAAAUUCUGUGCCAGGAGAAGAUCGUCGAAGAGAAGAACAUGACCAAUUUCAAUAGAGGUUGUCGUAAUUACGCGACUUUGCAACCAAAGAAGAGGAACGCGGCGACGGAAACCGAUAUCGGACAGAUUGAUCAUUAUUCUGACGAUGAAGCACCGUGCCGAAGAGAAUGGGCCUCCCCGAAACCUGUACGGAAGACUUCGUCUAUCACGUUGACACCGCAUAUACCGCCAGCCAUAAUUCAAAAUGCCAGCAGCGAUCCAAAUACAACAGUAAUACACGAAUCCACGUUGUAACACACAAUCUAAGCCAGACUGAGAAGUCUGGCUCGAGCGAUGCUCAAUGCGCAGUGCCUGGUGAUGUGCCGUGAUGUGUUUCGAAUAACAUCGAGUGGCGAGAUGUAAAAGAAAAGAACGGACAAUUCUAGUAAAUUGUGUGUCCGUUAUUUUUCGAUUGCCGGACGAUUUCAUCUAGAAUGCGACAAAUCUCGUUCUUUCACUUCGAAUUUAUAUAGAAAUGCUUUUUUGUACGGGCGCCUGAAACGACCAUAGAUUUCCGGCAGCUUGCUUCUCUCCUUACGAAUGUUACUACGAGAAGCAUAAUAAGUCUCUACCGGUAAUUUUUCGAGAGGACGUUAGAAAUAUAACGAGGCAUUAUUAAUUUUUGUAAUUAUAAUAUCAUGUUUGUAUACAGCUCGCGUGGAGUGUAUUAUAUAUGAUAGCUGCUAAGGUAGCUUUAAAAAAAAAAGACAAAUCUCUUAUACACGAUAAGAAAAACCGCGAAUCGUUAAAUGAAGGAAAGACCUGUAGUGUUUAUAUAAUUAGAUCAUCGACGCGCAAUAGGCCAUUAAAUUCUACCUAUGUCCAGAGGGAAGAGAACACAAUUAUGAAGCAGUUUCGUGCAAUUAUAACGCGUCUAUAAUGUGAUUAUGUCAACGUAACGCGUCUAUAAUGUGAUUAUGUCAACGUAAGUAUAUCGUUCGUAUUGUGUCACCUUACAAUGAAAGUAUAUGACAAUAACAAUUGUACGUUACAGUCCUGCAUUAAUACACACUCGUUUCUUUAUAACACUCGUUUCUCCGUAAAUCAAUCGUUUCUGGACAUACUGUGUAGUUAUUGAUCAUACUUUGAAUCUGUGCUUAAUUGUAAUAUUUAUAUUGUAUUAUAUUCAUCCACACACAUAUACAUACACGCGCGCGCGCGCGCGCACGCACGCACACACACACACACACACACACACACACACACACACACACACACACACACACUAGUGGCCUUAUCUCUAUAAUUAAUACUGAUACACGUGUCAUUAUUAGCAUAUUAAUCAUACUUACCACUACAAGCGUUUUAUUUUGGACAGUGGGACUUUUUGCUAAAGUCAUAAAGCUAUAAUAUUAGUUCAGCGAUUCUUCUCUGAUUUGCAUUGUUUAGAAAAAUGAAAAGAUACUGUAUAAGUUACAUAAUAUCAUAAUCUUUAUUCAAGUUCUUCCAACAAUUGUGCAAAGUUUCACAAUGCUCCACUAAUCCACAAAAAAACGAGUAAUUGAUUUCCAAGCAGAAUAGUUUUUCUACCAAAAGAGCGCGUAAAUAUACACAUCCACAGUCGGUUUCUUGUGGUAAUUGAAUACUCCAAUCCCCCCCGUUUUAACGAUCAUUCCAAUUGGACGAUGAGUAGGAUGUUAACGAGAGUAAAAGAGUGAAAGCGAGAAUUUAUAAAUAUAUACAUAUGAGUAUAGUGUCGAAUGGGAGGUGUUUAAGUUAUUCUAUGAUUAUAACACUUAUUACUAGUCACAUCUAUUGUGGACAAAGGUAGAAUGUGCGCGAAGAAAAUAACGUUGAUAGAGGAUGUGUAAAUCGCGAGUCACUAUCCACUAUUAUAAUGAUUUUAGAAUUUGCGUGUAUUUGGUAAAGAGAGACUGAAGGAUUUAUGCAUUAUUAAUGUUAUUACAUAUCUUUUCGUUGAGAGAGAAAAAUAAAUGGAGGAUGUAUAUACGCAAAA